GCGCAGGCACGAAAAUGGCUUAUGCUGCUGUAACGUCCCUUAUGGGAACUCUACAUCUACAGUUCCUGCAAUCCCAACCACCCUUGCCUCUUGAAAACAAACAAGAAAUAAUUUCUCUCCAUGAAAAUCUUGGUAUCCUCCAAGAAAUUCUUGAGAAAUCUGAGAUCGCUAAUGAUAAUUCGGCGAUGAAAGGUUUAGAGGCCCAGAUCAGAGAUGUAAUGUUCAAAGCCGAAGAAAGAAUUGAGAUGGAGUUGAGUACCAUUUAUCUAGCAAAGGGUUGGUGGAAGCGUCUUCGUAUAAAGGCUUCCCUCCUCAGGCUUCGGGGAAUCUUCAAUCAAGCAGUAACACAGACUGAUUACCUCAAGAAAAAGUUGAUUAAGAUUAAAAGUGAAAAGCAGCUUGCAAAGGGUCCAUCACAAGAUGAAAGGAUGCGACGAAGAGGACUACUCCAUGGUUCAACAUCAUCACAGCCUGAUCUAGAACGCGAGAAUAUUACUGUGAGUAAAUUUUCUAAAAAUUCUUCAAAGUUUGAUAUUAGAAUGGUCGGAUAUGAAAAGGAGUUCAUGCUGAUAUUGGAUAAGCUCAGGCAACAAUCAGCUAAGCAGCUUCAAAUUGUUUCAAUUGUUGGCAUGGGAGGAAUAGGCAAAACCACUUUAGCUCGGAAAGUUUAUGAACAUCCAUCAAUUACUUCUCAUUUUGACAAACGAGCAUGGAUUACUGUAUCUCAAGAGUAUAAUGUGGAACAAAUGCUCCAACGCCUUAUUGGUUGUGUUAUUGCAGCAUCAAAUGAUGAACUCCCUAAGCAGAGCAAUGUUUUCCAUGAACAAAGAAAUGACAACUUAGCAGAAAGUCUGCGUAAACACUUGAAGGAUCAGAGAUAUUUGAUAGUGAUGGAUGAUAUAUGGAGCACUACUGCUUGGGAUAGUGUGCAAAGAUGCUUUCCAGAUGAUAAUAAUGGAAGCCGGAUACUAUUGACUUCUCGCCUCAGGGAGGUGGCUGAAUAUGCAAAUUCCUCCACCGUUAACAUGCCUUUCUUAGAUACCAAUAAAAGUUGGAAUCUCUACUGCAAUGUGUUUGGUAAAACGGAAUUUCUUUCGGUGUUUGAGCAAAUUGGUAGAGACAUAGUGAAGAAAUGUAAUGGAUUACCUCUAGCUAUUAUUGUAGUAGCUAGUCUUCUCUCCAAGACACAGGAUGCAGUGGAAAAGUGGAGUUAUGUUGCAGAAAAUGUGAGUAGAUUUGUAAAUGGUGAUUCUAAUGAUGCAUGUUCCAGAAUACUAUAUUUGAGUUACAACCAAUUACCACACCACUUGAAAGCUUGUUUUCUAUAUUUUGGAGUUUUUUCCUAAGGACUAUGAGAUCCAUGUGAAGAAGUUGGUUAGGUUGUGGGCGGCUGAGGGAUUUUUGAGGGCAGAGGAGCAUCGAAAUAUGGAGGAAGUGGCCAUGGAAUGCUUGCAAGAUCUUGUUGAUAGAAGUCUUGUUUUUGUUAGCAAACGGAGCUACAAUGGGAAAAUGAAGACAAUAAGAAUACAUGACCUGUUGCGUGAUUUGUGUUUGAGAGAAGCUCGACGUGAAAGUCUAUUGGAUGUCACUGGAGAUGAAAAAUUUUCAUUUUACAAGAUGAAAAGCUCUUGUCGUUGGAUAAGUGAUACAUCAGCUUUUCAUCUACUUGCUUUGACAAAGUGCUUUCACAAAUCACAUUCCUUACAUUGUCCUUAUGUUGUUUACUCUGAUUACUUUGUAGAUGUGGAACGUCUAUUUCCAAACUUCAAACUACUAAGAGUAGUAGACAUAGAAGGUCUACUUUCCUAUAGAUAUAGGGUACUAAAUGCACUUGCAAAUCUUAUUCAUUUGAGAUACUUAGCUUUGAGCUAUUCACUAGAUGCUUCCGGAUUUUUUUUAUUUAGAGCUCUUUGAGCAUUGGAAUAUGCAAAGCUUUAUUGUUCGUGGAGCUCAUGUUACAUUGAGUUCCUCUGGGGCAUCUGGAAUUAGGAAAAUGCCACUAUUAAGGAAUUUUUGCAUUGAACGAAUUCUUUCAUUAGAAACUUCGUCAGUUGUUUAUAGACACUUAGAGAAUAUAUCUUGGUUGGAUUCUAAGCUUUGUACAAAGGAUUUGUUUACAAGGAUUCCAAAUUUAAAAAAAUUGGGAAUUUUUGGUGGAUACAAUGAAAAGAAUCUAGAUUGUUUUUAUAAUUUUGUGCACUUGGGGCAGCUUGAGGAGCUAAGCAUCAGAGGGUGGCAUAAUCUCAACCAUAUUCCAUGUAGCGGCAUCCCGUGGUCAACUGGUUUUCUACCAAAUCUUAAGAAGCUCAAAUUCUUCUCGACUAAUAUGGCAUGGAGUGAUAUGAAGCUUAUUGGUAUGUUGCCGAAUCUAGAGGUUCUAAAACUAAUACAUGCUAUUGCUAGCGAAGACAGAAUGUGGGAACCAUCCGAGGAAGGGUUCCGUCAAUUGAAAAGAUUGGUAAUUGAAGGUACAUCUUUGGAACAUUGGAAUGCUGUGGGUGACCAUUUCCCUUCGCUAGAAUGUUUAGAGUUACGUGAAUGCAUGUAUUUGCGAGAUAUCCCUAGUGGUUUUGCCAAUAUCGCCACACUAGCAUUGAUUCAGUUAAACUGCUGUUGGGAUUCCGUUCUGGCUUCCUCAAAGUUGAUUCAAGAAGAGCAAUACAAUAACUAUGGAAAUGCCCUCCUUGUUCGUUCGGAAAAUAUUAUGACGGAAGGUGAAAACAACUCAGAGGAAGAAUGGGAUGAGGAGGAAGAGAGUGAUGAAUGGAUGGCUGCAUAGUGGUUUUUGCAUUUGUUUAAUGUGGAUUAGCCAGGUAUUUGAAUUGGCAGAACAUAUACUCUGUUGCAAAUCAUACUGUUAUAUAUUUUGGUAAACUGCAAUGGUUUCUGUUUCUCAGAAGAAGUUGCUGAUGGAAAUCUGUUUUUUUUUUUUUGGGUUGUAGUCAAGUGAAGUUGUACAGAUUUUACUAGGGAAUUAAUUCGUGUUGUAUUAUGUGGUCAUGAGCCUUAUGCUAUUAUAAAUGUAUUAAUUCUUAGCAUUGUAAACCACAUGGUUUUUGACAGUGAAGCUUGUUGCACUAA